ACCAAUGACUCAUUCCUCUGGGAGGCCAUUGGCGCAGACGGCAGCGCCACCAGCGGCUCAAAGGGAGCCUGGGGGGCGGCAGGCAGCAGCGGACCGGCCCCAGAGGCCGUCGGCAGCAGCGGCGGCGGUGGCAGCGGCGGCGGCGGUAGCGGCGGUUCUGGCAGUGAGAGUGACGGGAACAAAGGGCCCGACGGCGACGGCAGCCCUUCAGGCGGGGAGGAGACGCCGCAGCGGCCGGUGGCGGGCAGCGGGAGUGGUGUCGGGAGACGGCCACCGCAGUGA